AUGUCAUUAACAUAUAAUAUUCGUCCUAAAGAAUUACCUAAAAAGCGUUGUGGUAUUGUUGGAUAUGUUGGUAAUGACCCUUGUUCAAAAUAUCUAUUUGAAGGACUUAUGAUUCUACAGAAUAGAGGUUAUGACUCAGCUGGAAUUGCUUCUAUUAAUAAUAACAAACAACUUAUUGUAACAAAAUAUGCUAGUGAAGGUAGUACAUCUGAUUCUUUGAAAAUUCUUGAACGUCAUUUAAGUGAACAUCAAAAUAAUACAAUUGGUAUUGCUCAUACUCGAUGGGCUACUCAUGGUUCUAAAACUAAUAUUAAUGCUCAUCCUCAUUGUGACCAACAUAAUAGAAUUGCAUUAGUUCACAAUGGAGUUAUCCAAAACUAUGCUGAAAUUAAAACAGAAUUAUGUGAAAAAGGAAUUAAAUUUAUUUCAGAGACUGACUCAGAAGUUAUUGCCCAAUUAAUUGGAUAUUAUUUGGAUCAAGGAGAAUCAUUAAUUGGAUCAUUAAAAAAAUGUGAACAAAAGAUGAUUGGAACUUGGGGAGUAGUUAUUGUCUCUAUUGCACAUCCAAAUUGUUUAUUUGCAAUGAAGAAUGGAAGUCCUUUAUUAAUUGGGAUUGGAGAUAAACGUAGAUUUAUUGCAAGUGAACCAGCUGCAUUUGCUAGAUAUACUCGAGAAUUUAUUUCAUUAAAAGAUAUGGAAGUAGCUGUAAUAGAUGCAAGUAAACCAAUUGACUUAUCUCGUGUUGAAAUUCAUCCAGAAGAUAAUAUUGCUCUUUCACCAGCACCAUUUGCUCAUUGGUGUAUUAAAGAAAUUACCGAACAACCAAUUGCUGCAUCUGCAGCAAUGAAUUAUGGAGGACGAUUUAUUGAUUCAAAGAAUGUCAAAUUAGGAGGAUUAGAAAGUAAAGCAGAAGAACUUCUUCCAAUAAAAAAUCUUAUAAUUUCUGGUUGUGGAACAAGUUAUUAUGCUUCUAUGUUUGGUUGUUCUAUAAUGCGUAAAUUAAAAUCAUUUAAUACUGUAGAAUUUAUUGAUGCUGCUGAAUUAACACUUGAUUGUUUACCAGAAGAAGGAGGAAUGCUUGUUGUAUCACAAUCAGGAGAAACUAAAGAUGUUCAUAGAGCAUUACAAUUAGCACAAUCCAUUAAUAUGCCAACUUUUUCUGUUAUAAAUGCAGUAGGUUCAUUAAUUGCAAGAACAACUAUGUGUGGAGUUUAUGUUAAUGCUGGAAGAGAAAAUUCAGUAGCAUCUACAAAAUCUUUUUCAUCCCAAGUAAUUUGUUUAUGUCUUAUUGCAGUAUGGUUUUCACAACAUAGAAAAUGUAUAUCAGGAAGAGAACAAGUAAUUUCAAGUUUACAAAGAAUUCCAACAUGUAUGGGAAUGGCUUUAACGUGUCGUUCAAAUUUACAAAGAAUAGCACAUAAACUUAUUGAAUUAAAUACAACUUCAAUGUUUAUUCUUGGAAAAGGACUUGCUGAAAGUGUUGCUAAAGAAGGAGCAUUAAAGAUUAAAGAAAUUUCUUAUAUUCAUGCAGAAGGAUAUUCUGGAGGUGCAUUAAAACAUGGACCAUUUGCUUUAAUUGAAAAAGGACUUCCAGUAAUUCUUAUUAUUUUAGAUGAUGAACAUGCUAAUUUAAUGAAAGUAGCAGCAGAAGAAAUUAAAGCAAGAGGUGCUUAUUUAAUUAUUAUCACUGACCGUCAAGAAUUAGCAUGUGUUGCUGAUGAAAUUAUUUUAAUUUGUAAUGCUGGUUUAUUAACAGCUCUUGUUGCUGUUGUUCCACUACAAAUUUUAGCAUAUGAAUUAUCUAUUGCUAAAGGAAUAAAUCCGGAUAAACCAAGAAAUUUAGCAAAAGCAGUUACUGUGGAUUAA